UUCUUCCUUGUCGUUGGCCAAUAAGAAGGAAACAUUUUCCUCGUUAGAGAACUUGCAGUGGCAAAGAAGACAAGCAGUGCCUUCACAGUUGACAGUUCACAAGCAAAGCAACCAAAGUCGUUAGGUCCCUAUAUACCGGCUUAGCUCUCGAUAUCUCCGUGAUUGAUCUCUCUCGUCUCUCCACAUUGAUAAGAAUGGAAAAUUGGAUUUUUAUUCUCAUAAUUCCGCUAUUCACUGCUAUAUUAACCUUACUCUUAACCUUCAGUUCUCAGAUAAUCAAUACCAGAAGGAAUAGAAAGCGAGCUGUUGGCUUCUUCCAUCCCUUCACAAACGAUGGCGGAGGUGGAGAAAGAGUCCUCUGGUGCGCCGUUAAGGCAAUCCAAGAAGAAAAUCCCGAUCUUGACUGUGUAAUUUAUACUGGCGAUCACGACGCGUCCCCUCAGUCACUGGCGGCUCGCGCCACUGAUCGCUUUGGUGUCAAAUUGCUUUACCCACCUAUGGUGGUGCAUCUGUAUAAAAGGAAAUGGGUGGAAGAAACUAGUUAUCCUCGAUUCACCAUGAUUGGUCAAAGCUUUGGUUCAAUCUAUCUGUCAUGGGAAGCUUUAUGCAAGUUUACUCCUUUGUAUUAUUUUGAUACUAGCGGCUAUGCUUUCACUUAUCCAAUUGCCCGGAUUUUUGGUUGCAAAGUUAUUUGUUACACUCAUUAUCCUACUAUCAGUUUAGAUAUGAUUUCUCGUGUUCGUGAUCGAAGCUCCAUGUACAAUAAUGAUGCUUCAAUUGCCAAGAGCGGUUGGCUAUCACGGUGUAAAAUCAUAUACUAUACAUUCUUUAGUUGGAUGUAUGGAUAUGUAGGCUCUUGUGCACAUCUUGCAAUGGUGAACUCUUCAUGGACACAAUCUCACAUUGAAAAGCUUUGGAAAAUUCCAAACCGUACCAAGCGAGUCUAUCCUCCUUGUGAUACAUCAGGGCUUCAGGCACUUCCUUUAGAAAGACCAGCAGAAACUCCAAUAUUUAUAUCUGUUGCUCAAUUUCGUCCUGAGAAGGCGCAUCCACUUCAACUUGAAGCUUUUUCACUAGUCAUUAGGAAGCUAGAUGCUAACUUGCCAAGACCUAAGCUUCAGUUUGUGGGUAGUUGUCGAAACAAGUCAGAUGAAGAAAGACUGCAAAAGUUGCAGGACAAAGCAAUUGAACUGAAGGUUGAUGGGGAUGUACAGUUCUAUAAAAAUGUGAUGUACAGGGAUUUGGUGUCUCUUUUGGGAGGUGCCAUCGCAGGAAUGCAUUCCAUGACAGAUGAACAUUUCGGCAUUAGUGUUGUAGAGUACAUGGCUGCAGGCGCCAUACCAAUUGCCCAUAAUACUGCUGGGCCAAAAAUGGACAUUGUUUUAGAAGAGGAUGGGCAGCAAACUGGAUUUCUUGCCCAGAAUGUUGAAGAAUAUGCAGAUGCCAUCUUGAGAGUGUUAAGGAUGCCUGAAACUGAGAGACUCAUGAUGGCUACAGCAGCAAGGAGACGAGCAAGCAGGUUUUCCGAGCAAAGAUUUUACGAGGAUUUCAAAGCUGCAAUUCGACCAGUAUUAAACCAUGGUUCUAGAUGAUGGAUUAGCUGUAGCAACUCAUGUAGCAUAUUUGUUAACUGUAGAACAGAGAGCUUUAGUUUUACUUUUUUUUUCCCCCGUUGGUUUAUAAUUUUGAUUUCAUAUGUAAACAUUUUUUGUGACAAUUUUCAAAAAUUUUGUACUAAAACUUAUGGUGCUUCUGUGGCAGCUGAAGCACAUUUGGAGGUUACAGUUUUUGGGUGGUUUUAACAAUAGUCAAUCCACCUUGAAGUGUUCGAGCUCCCAGCUCAACCCAGAUUCGGAAUUGAGCUGCCGGUUCUGGUUCCACCGAUUCUGGUCGGAAUCUAAAGGGUUAUUCUGGCCAGUAAACCAACAUCUUGGUUCUAUAACCCGAGCUAUAGCCAAGGAUUUAAUUCCGGUCUCAAUUUCAAUUCUAAUUCUAGGUCCGGGAAGAAAUUUCACUACUUUGUUUUAAGAGUUCAUAAAAUAGAAUUGAUAUAUUAUAUGUAAAGUAGAAGUUAGUUCUUACAUAUUAAAUGUGAUAGGGGUCAGCAGAAUUAGAAUUGAAUUUCAGUUUUCAA